UAGAGAAGGAAGUGAAAGGAGAAGCUGAUCUUUGGGUAGUUGAUAGGUAGCUGAUUAGGAGGCAAGAAGGCUAGCUCUCUAGCAAAGUGCCAAAUUCACUAUUUUUAUUCAUAUUUUCAUUCGUCAGUUCACGUUAGGUUUUAUUUUUGGUGUUUAUACCGAGGUACAAUUCGGGGCAACUUGAGCCGACUCGUUGCCUAAUUAACGCUGGCCGAGCAGUCGAGCUCCGGGGAGCUAGCUGGCUAACGUAACGCCGAAUCCACUUGGCUGUCCUGAACAAUAACAGCUAGUUAGCUCGCUCUCGGCUCCGAAACGGUAUAGAAGUCGCCUCUCCAGAGUGUUUCCAACCUUAAAGCUGAACAAUGACGUCUAGGAAGAAAGUUCUCCUUAAAGUCAUCAUCCUGGGAGAUUCUGGAGUUGGAAAGACCUCUCUCAUGAACCAGUAUGUGAACAAAAAGUUUAGUAACCAGUACAAAGCAACAAUAGGAGCAGAUUUCCUCACCAAGGAGGUAAUGGUGGACGACAGACUCGUUACAAUGCAGAUCUGGGACACAGCUGGCCAAGAAAGGUUUCAGUCCUUGGGUGUUGCGUUCUACCGUGGAGCAGACUGCUGUGUGCUGGUCUUUGACGUGACUGCGCCCAACACCUUCAAGACACUCGACAGCUGGAGGGAUGAGUUUCUAAUCCAGGCCAGCCCUCGAGAUCCUGAGAAUUUCCCUUUUGUGGUGCUAGGCAACAAGAUUGACUUGGAGAACAGACAGGUAACCACUAAAAGGGCUCAGGCUUGGUGUCAGAGUAAGAACAACAUCCCCUACUUUGAGACCAGCGCCAAAGAAGCCAUAAAUGUAGAACAAGCAUUCCAGACAAUUGCACGUAACGCUCUCAAACAGGAGACUGAGGUGGAGCUGUAUAAUGAAUUCCCAGAACCCAUUAAGCUGGAUAGGAACGACAGAGCUAAACCUUCCCAAGAAAGCUGCAGCUGCUGAGGGACAAACUGGACCAUCUUCUCUCAUAGUGUCUUCACCCUGUUGCAUCUCAUCAUCCUCGCUCCCAGGGAAAAAAAAAAUCCCUACUGGUCUUCCUCACACACCGCUCAUUCCAUUGACUCCACCCCCUCACGCUGUAUACUGCACAUGGAUGUAUGCCUCCCCUCCUCCCCCACUUAGUACAUAAAUUAAUACACUAGUUCACCCUCAUAUAUAAAUCAAUGACAAAUCCAGUGCAGUAAAAUAACGAGAGAAGAAAAAAAGAGAAACCUCCCAUCCCAUGAAUCGGUAGCGAGUGAACUCCUGUAUUGUGCCGUGUUUGUCAGGUUUUUCCCCCUGACUCACACUGAGAGGACAAGGCGAUGGAGCCAUGUUCAGGCUGCAAUUAGGAAAUCUGGAUGGACUCCAGAACUCACAGCGAGCUCUGUGUUGAGAUGAUGUUGACCAAUCCCAAGAUACAGCAUCCCAAAUGUCUUUCUUUGCUUUCUGCUCGCUCUGUUUUUUGCGCCUUCUCCCAAGAAGUAAAUCAAGUAGUAGACCUAAAUAAAUAUGUUGUAAUUGGCUUGUUAAUUUGAAAGCUGAUCUGAAACACUUGUUUUUGCACUUUUUUUUUUUUUGCCUUCAAGUGUUAUGGAGGGAUGUUUUGGGUAACGUCUUCUAUCUAAUGCCUUUUGGUAAGCUCCAAAUGUAUACCUCUUCCAUCCCCUCUUUGGUUCAAAUAUCUUCUGAACAAUCUGGUGAUUGUAUUGCCUUUUCACGUCAGGAUUAAGGUUUGAAACUGCCUCACACUGCUGAAUAUGUUACUCUGUCAAGUAAAACGCUGAUUAGGAAACCAGUGUAACAAGUUAAAUCCUUGAUAUAUAAAGUUUGCCUUUUAUGUACCAUUACUUGUACUGCUACUAUUACUGCUGUAUGUGUUAUUGUCCUCGUCAGACACACCUCAGUGCUAAAAGAUUAUACGCAUCACCAACACUGCAUACACCUGUCUUCUGUCCUGUCUUCAUUAUCGCUGUUCUAUCUAUCUGCUUGUAGCUCAGGUUGGCUAAGUACUUAAUAUUUUUAACGGAUUGUGUAUUACGGUGUAUAGAUAGUAUAGAACUCAAAUCUGUUUCUUUCCAUUUAAGAGAAAACAUUCAACAAAUUGCCCUGGUAUUACUUUUGUUUUUUUCUUUCCUUACAGAAAACAUUACAGCAAUGCCAAUGAUGUUGUAAAAGGAAAUUUGAACGUCAAAUAAUAAAACUAUUGAAUAUA